AUGACGUCUCCUCAAGACCAACGAUCCGAAUUGCCAUCGUCUUUGCCACCGACAGCCUCGCCAGUCUCAAACGCGUCGACGAUGCUCCCGCAAGACGAUUCCACACUUCACAGCACGACGACGACGCGUGCAAACUCUCCCAUCUCACUCAAGGCGCCUCAAGCGACAAAGACAAGGGGAAAGAUGGUCGGUGCAAGCUCGGAGACGCUCGAGACACCACUCCCUUUCCGAACAACGCUCUGCAUCGUGAUCGCAUUGAUGGUCAAUCAGUUUCUGGCUACCAGCGACGCGACGAUUGUAUCGACGAGUUUACCUACAAUUGUCGCCGAGCUCCACGGGUCGCAGAAUGAAUACGCAUGGGUUCCGGUUGCAUAUCUACUCACGCAGACGGCAUUUCAGCCUCUAUAUGGCAAGCUUGCCGAUAUAUUUGGGAGAAGGCCGGUCAUCUAUGCCAGCACGAUCAUCUUCCUCAUUGGGUCUGCCCUGUGCGGCGCUGCGCAGAUCUGGAUCUCUGACUGUGACCCCCGGCCAUCACCAUUCAUCUGUUCGCCUCGUUCCUAUCGCCAGAGCAUGCGCUUCCUUAUUCUCUCCCGCGCGCUCUCCGGCAUUGGAGGCGGUGGCAUCGUCAAUAGCGUCUGGGUACUAACCACAGACAUUGUCCCACCAGGCACCCAUGCCAAGUGGUCUCAAGCCCUCAGUGUUACCUGGAGUGCUUCUGCGGUUGCUGGUCCAAUCCUCGGUGGCCUGUUCACAGUCUUUAUCAAUAUCCCAAUCGGUCUUGCAGCUCUUACGGUUGCAUGGUACUUUCUUCGACAAAUUCAGCUCGUUCGCAGACUUCCAGAUGGUUCAGAAGACACUCGGACAAGACGCGAAGUGUUCAAGCAGGCAUAUCGCACCUUUGACUACAUUGGGCUGUUCCUUUUGAUGGGCGGAACGUCCGUGCUCGUUAUCGGCUUUUCCUUUGCGGGCUACAACAGUUGGACGUCUCCACGCACGCUUGGACUCCUCAUAUCCGGUGGAAUUUCUCUCAUCCUUGCAGGCGUCUACGAGUCGUACUUGAGUACGACCGAGUACGCGCAUGAAGCAUUGAUCCCAUCGGGCAUUUUCAAGCAACUCACCGUCGUCAGCACGCUUGCAAUCUCCAUCUUGCACAAUUUUGCAUUCACAGCAGGCACAUACUACAUUCCGCUCUACUAUCAGGCGUUGCAUGGAACCAGCCCUCUCGUCGCCGGCAUGCAAGUCCUCCCCUUCUCGCUUGGUGCCGCCCUCGUGACGAUACCGACGGCUUGGCUAAUCAGCUGGAGGAAAGGUCAGCACUGGAUUGACCGAACGCUUAAACUGGCCAUGGUCACGGGCUUGUUACUCAGCGUCAUUGGGUAUGGUCUCAUGAUCACCCUCAACGAACGCUCUGGCAUUGUGAUACAGGAGGUCUACCCACUCAUAGCCGGUGUCGGGAUCGGCAUCCUCUUCCAUACGCCCUUCCAGGUUGUCACGAACUCACUCCCGAGACGAGACCUGGCACAGGCAACGGGAGCAUUCUUCCUCGUUCGUUUCAUUGGGACGACCACGGGACUGUCCGUCGCUGGUGCGGUCUUUGACAGCAACUGGGUUGCGCGUAAACCAGAGGCGUACCUCUCACUGUCCGAGAACCCGCUUCACAUCGACCUUCGCUCGCUCGUGCAUAUUCAACCCGUCGAGCUGCGCCAGCAAGUCUUGAGUGCAAUCUCGGCAUCUGUUUCCUGCGUAUGGAUCGCAUGCACACCCUGCCUUGGCGUAGCGCUGCUGAUAUCCCUCUUCCUCCGUGUCAGACAUCACGCAUCCCACACCAAACCAGGCACUAGUGGCUCCACAAGCGACCCAGAGAAAGGCAUCGAGGAAAAGGAGAUCACUAUCGCUAGCUGUUCUGCCUCCACGACCGGUAGCGAUGAAAAGGCAACUCUUUCCAUGAAUGACACAAAAGCGAUUCGUAUCUCAACAGACGGCGGCUCGAUUCGCGUCUCCGUCGACGCCAAAUCGCUACGGAUUUCCGUCGAUGGCAAGCGAAAACGCAUGUCCAUGGAUGAGGACAAGUGCCGACGUAUAUCUCACGAUGACACUAAACGAGCCUCUCUUUCGCUGAGAGAAGAGGACGAAGAGGACACCAAGUCGACUGUGUCCGACGGCACCUCUACGACGCUCCAAGAUGGUUCGUCUCAACCACCAGAAGCGCAUAUGCUGGUCCUCCCCAUCAACGCCUCACACGCUAGCCUUGAUUCGGCACCCUGUUCGACCAGCCAACGGAUACCAGAAGCAUAA